GCUGUAUCUCCCCCUUCCCUUCACCUAUCUUGUCCAUCCUCCCAUAACCCUGUCCUCUGGCAACCAUCAGUUUGUUCUCUGUACUUAUGGGUCUGUUUCUGGUUUUUGUUUGUUUUUAAACAAAUGAUCUUAAAGGAUGCUUCUGAAAUCUACAGUAUUGUCAGUGCUCACGGACUGUGAUAAUUUAUCUGUGGGAUAUCAGUGUAUACAGAUCUUCUCCCAAUGUAUAAUUAAAUAUUUUUAGUAGUUAGAGGCUAAUAUAGACUCAUAUCAACUAGCUUAGUCAAUGUUCUCACUAAAAUUAAUUUAGAUAAUCACAUCCAAUAUCUAAAUAUCCAUUCAUUUCUUAAGGAAUAUUCUCCUUCAUUUGUAAUAUGCACGUAUCAAUGAAAGUAAAAGAGAGGAAAAGAUAGGGAAAACAUGAUGUUUCUUCUGUAUUCCUAGAGAAAAUAUAGUAUUGACGUCUCUUUUGUUCUUAUUCAAUAUUAGCAAUUUUGAUGAGGAGUUGAGGAGCCUUAUAUAAGAUGAACAGAGUGUGACUAUCAGAAGCCUUUGCCAGUAUGUCUCUAGCCAAUACCUCAUGUUUUCACCCCUCAUCUUUCCUGCUGUUGGGAAUCCCAGGACUGGAAAAUAUGCAGCUCUGGCUUGGUGUCCCAUUUGGUACAGUCUAUCUGAUUGCCCUCCUGGGGAAUGGCAUCAUCCUCUUUGUGAUCCAGACUGAGCACAGCCUUCACCAUCCCAUGUUCUACUUAUUGGCCAUGUUGGCUCUCACUGACCUGGGCCUCUCCACCGCAACUAUUCCCAAAAUGCUGAGCAUAUUCUGGUUUGGUCUCAAUGAGAUUGACUUUGGGGGAUGCUUAGCUCAAAUGUUCUUCAUACACCUGUUUACAGGUUUCGAAACUUUCAUGCUUGUUGCCAUGGCUUUUGAUCGCUAUGUUGCCAUUUGCCACCCUCUUCGAUACAACACAAUCCUUACCAACAGAACUAUUUGUAUUAUUGCUGGAGUAGGAAUGUUGAAAAAUUUUGUUUUGGUGUUUCCACUUGUGUUUCUCCUUCUAAGGCUUUCAUUCUGUGGACAUAAUAUUAUACCCCAUACCUACUGUGAGCACAUGGGCAUUGCCCGUCUGGCCUGUGUCAGCAUAAAGGUCAAUAUAUUAUUUGGAUUAAUUCUUAUCUCUAUGAUACUUCUGGAUGUUAUUUUGAUUGCUAUCUCCUAUGUGAAGAUUCUACGUGCUGUCUUCAGACUCCCAUCCUGGGAGGCCAGGCUCAAAGCUCUUAAUACCUGUGGUUCCCAUGUAUGUGUCAUCUUAGCUUUUUUCACUCCAGCAUUUUUCUCUUUUAUGACUCAUCGAUUUGGCCACAAUAUUCCACGUUAUAUCCACAUCCUCCUGGCAAAUUUAUAUGUGAUAAUCCCACCUGCUCUUAACCCCAUUAUUUAUGGGGUGAGAACUAAGCAGAUCCGAGAACAGGUGGUGAUGAUCUUCCUUUUUAAGGAAGUUUGACUCUAAACUCUUGUCUUGUAAAGAGUCUUCAAAAUGUUUUCCUUAAAAGAGGGAAGGGUUGUUAAGCUUCUAUAGAGCAAAUGCUUUACAGAAUAUGAUGUUAAACAUAAUGUUUCCUCACUUAUGUGCAGUAUCAAAUUAAAGAUGAGUUUACAUAGCAGAUAGUUGUUCCUAGACUAACUAUAAACAUUAUUGUUAAAUAAAUAGGGGUCACUUAUUUCUGUAACUCAUUAACAUCAGGAUUUGGGGAUAAAGUCUUAGCGCAACUCAAGUACUAUUUUUUUUUCAUGUAAUAUUGUUUAGUCUCUUUACAGAAUUCACUGGUUAUGGUGGAGGAAUGUUGAGCUGCCAAGCACAGUCAUGGUUGUAAUGGGACUGACUAAACAUGCUAUAGGGUAUGGGCUCCUGGAACAACAAUCAAAGAAAUCAAAUACUGAUUUUAUUUCUCCCAUGGUACAGUUGGCUUCCUUAAUCAUGUAACCGCAGGGAAGAAAAUAAUCAACAAAACACCAUAGACAUCAAUGUAAUACUCCAUUUUUAUAAGUUUUGAAAUAGCAACUACAGCAACUACAUAGAGUCAAAUAUUUGAAAGGACUCGUGGGACUUCACAGGGUAUACUCAUUUUAGGCUUUAAGUAAGGUCAAGGUAAAAUAUAGCAGGAAAAAGAAGCAGAACAGGUAAAUGUAGAAAGAUAAAAAAAAAUGAGGCACAACUCCUAGGGCCUUUCCUAGGUUGUACAGAAUGAACUUCAUCUUUGUUGUGAAUGAUUAAAAAUAUGGAAAAACACUUUUGCUUCACCUAAGCCAACUCACAAGUUUAAUGAGAAUUUUUUAAAUCUUACUAGUUGCAUAUAUGUUGGCCUUACCCAAUCAGUUAAAGGCUUGCAUAGAACAAAGACUGACCUUCAUAGAGCAAGAGAGAUUCUGCCAGUUGCUGAGUAUAUCUAUUCACAUUAUGCAUUCUGGAACUAGAGAAAGAACCACAAUAAUGGUUUUGG